AUAACGACAAAAUGGUGGACAGACAAACUAUAAAAAUCUAGCCCCAUUUUCUUAAUUCAUAUCAAAUUAAAUUAAUUUUAUCCACUAUUGGAUAAUUAUAAUUUAUAAUAACCACAUUUCUUUAGUUAAAGAAAGGGUAGGACUACCAAAUAAAGUUAUAUUCUCUGUUUAACUCUUUGAAUCGCAUAGUAAUAAGAUGCCUUUUACUAAAGUUCCAGUGGUGCAUAAAUUUGGAAUAAUUUCAAGCACUCAAAGAAUAGAGCUUCAAGAAAGAUUAUUAAGGCAAACUUUUCAUACAAGCAGUAAUAGCAAGAAGGCCACAUUAACUCAAAGGUAUUUUAAGAAAUUAUAAAUCUGUUUUUAAAAAUUAGAGUUAGAUUGUGCUCCUAUUAAUAUUAGCUUUUUAUUAAUAUUAAAAUGUUUUUUUUGUUCUCAAUCAGACUUAGUAAGGUAGUACCAUUUAAAAAAAAAAUGAAUGAAUUGAUCGUGAUAGGCUUAUAAGUAGGCCUAAAUCUGAUAAGAAUGAUAGAAUUGUGCAUUUAUGGGCAUGUUGUAUUUUAACUUAAAAAUAUAACUUUGCCACAAAUGCCUACUUCUACCAUUUAAAUAAAAGACAAUGUCAACUUACUUACUAGUUGUAAAGAUGACUGCGUUUUUUUUUUAUCCUACUGAAAUAAAAUUUAGCAAAACUGUUAAAUAUAAUAAAUUAUGAGUUAUCUUUAAUUUAAUAUUAUAAUUUGUUUUAAUGUGUUUGUAUUAUUUAGAAACACGUUAGAAGUUUCAGAAGAGUUUGUUCAUCUCUUCAACAAUGCAGAAAAUCAUCAAAAAGACAAAUAUGAAGAAAAAGCCAGAAAAUUAUUAGAGAGAUCUAAGGUAAAGAUUUGUUUGCAGCACACUCGAGUAAUUCAACAUCUCAGAUGUCUUAAAAAUGUAUAUUAUUUGUGGAUUAUCUUUUCUUUAAUGCUGCCUGUAACUGUAAGUGUAAACUUUGUAAUUCACUAGCUUAGCUAGCUUAACAGUAAAGACAUUUGUGUACUAAGUAAAUCAUUUUCAUUAACAGCGGAGAUCUGGACUUAAAAAAUGUGGACAAGGUUCACAUGUUAAUUUGCCACUGGCAUGGACAGAAUUGGUUCAGCUUGCUCAAUGUAAAGGAAGAUUACAAGAAGGUGGGCCAUGCAUUUAUUAGCUUUUGUUGCACCAAAACAUUUGCCAUUAGCAAAGUUAGUAACAAAUAUUUUGUUUAUACAUUUUUUAGCACAUUUAGCCUAAUCCUAAAAAAUAAUGUUUUUUGAAAUUUUUUCAUUACAUUUAAUGAUAAUUUAUAUCUUGAAAAAUCAUUUUGAGAUACAAGAUGUCACUAAAUUCAGGUACCCCACAUGACAAUGUGUAUUAUUCAUCAGGUUUUUCUAGAACUUAGAUUUGUCGUUUUAGGUAGGUUUUAGAACCUGGGUUUGAAGAGCCUUUUACAACAAUAUUGUUUUCAAAUACUUACUAACAAUGUAAAUGUUUAUUUUCUUUUUUUUAAGAGUGCCUUGAUGCUCUUGUGGUUUCAUUGGAUGUAUCACCAUUGGAAAAAUGUCAUAUUCCGGCAUUGUUUUUCCUUGCUGAGACAAUGUUGUACAAGAUACGAACUGAAUCAGUUUUGCAGCCAUUUUUGAAAAUCGGAGAAAUAAAACUCCUGAAGGUUUGUGGCAAAUAUUAAAUUUUAAAUGCUUAUCAAUUUUGAGUCUGAUAUAUUGCUCUAAAUUUUAAAAAAUGGAAAAACAUAUGUUAAAGCAUAACGUUUUAAUUUUUUAAAAUAAAGAGCAUUUACUUAAACUUAAAUAGGUCUUAAUAAAACUAGAUGAGAAACAAAACUGUAAUAAUUUUAAUUUAGCAAGAAUGAGGAUUAAGCACAAACUAUCACAUUAUUAUCAGCCUGGUGACCAACUAACUUGGCCAACCAGCUAAUAUAUAAGCAUCUGUGCAAUGGGCAGAUGGGUUGAUAAUGGCAAUAUUUAUAUACACAGCGUGCACCAAAAUAUACUGUACUGAAACUUCUGCAUCCUGAAUGUGUAUGUGGCUUUCAAAUGGUGCAUAGCUUCAGUCACUACACAUCACUAAAAGUGAAAAUAAAGUUGUGUUGAGCAGUUUUUUGCUGGAGAUGGGUCUCUGAAUGGUGGAAAAAAAUGCAUACCUGAUCAUUAAAUUUGCUCAUACUGAACUGGUCAUGAGGGGGGGGGGGACGAUUUUGGCCCCAUGUGAUACAUAUUAUAUCAAAAUCAUUAAAUGGUUUAAGGGCUCUAGGCAUUUUGCUUACUCUGCCUAUUGGAUAAGAUGGUCCUGAAGGUGCAUUCUUGUAGGCAUGGUUCAGAUCAGCUAUGCUUGACUGACCAUGAGGAAAACAAGUUUUGCUAACAGGAUGAGUCUUGCGAAUUUGAAAAUGUGUUAGAAAGUCAUAAAAUAAAGCUAUUUGGAAAAUACUAUAGCAUGUGCCAAAUAUUUUUUAAAUUAUGUAAGUCUGGAAUAAUGUUACAUUCUCUUAUUUGAAAUAAUGUGGUUUUUUUUAAUUUACUUCCAGAUGGGCCAGUUGGUAUUUGAAAGAUUGUUUUACCACCAUAUGGCUGGUCAACUCCAGGGCCAUGUGGAGUCCAAGAAUAGGCUCUGCACUUAUAUCGAGGGUGAAAAUUUAUUUUACUGAAAAAUUUCAUUGUCAAUUUAUAUUUACAAUAGAAAGUUAUAUGAUUUGUUAACCUAGCCUUGUAUACAGAACAUAAUCAGUGAAUCUUUAAAGUAUUCAUCUGGGGAACUUCUUCUUCUUCUUUAUUUUGAGGGCCCUCGAUCAAUGAAUUGAUCAUUCUGGCUCCUAUGUUUCAACUUAACUUGGGUUCAUCUGAGCAUUAAGACAGUGACUGGAUUUGGACAAUUUGAAAAUGUGCACCUUCAUCUUUAUUAAUCUCAAACAAAACAUAGAUAUAUUUGGGACACCUUUCUUUCUUUAUUUGUUGUGUUUUUACAGCCAAGUUAGCUUAUUUUUUCUCCUAUGCCAAGAUAAUUUAGUUCUACUCCUAUGCCAAGAAAUCUUAGUUUUACUCCUAUGCCAAGAUAAAUUAGUUUUACCCCCAUUAUAAGCCUGCUGUGUUCUGACUCUUUGUUGGAAGUUUUCUUCCUCAGGAUUCACUUAUCUCCCUCCCUUAAUUGGCAGAUUGGUCUAUUCCACCUGAUUCAUUGCCCUAAUCUGGGUGUGACUGCAGAAGAAUUCAAACCUCCUACUAUUUGGUUAUGUUGCAGAUGUUCUCUUAUAAUGCCUGACGGGCACUUAAAUUAAAAUACAGUAUUUAUCUAAAUAUUCCCACAACAAAAAUAAUACAAUAUCUUAUUGAAUUACUUGUUGAAUAAAAUUACCCACUUUUCUAAUGUAAGCUUGAACCAACCUUUUAGGCAUUUAAAAUAAACAUUUCCAUAGUAACUUAAAUUUUCGAUUAUUUAGAUAAUAUCUAAAUUGGUUCACAGUAACAGUUCAUUUUACCACUUUUUUAUCCAAUGUUUACUCUUGUCUGUGAUGUAUUAAAAAUUCAUCCCCAAGCCAUUUUUUAUUAUCUUUGCAGUUAUUUUUAAGCUUCAUUAUAUCGAGCAUUAUUUUUAAUGCACUUACAGGUCUGCAAGACUACCAACAACUUUAUAGUCCGUACCCAAAUGCAUUGCUGUCACUUCGUUUUGUGACUGAAGUAGGGAAGAUAAUCCUGGCAGACAUAAAGCUUCAGUCAGUUGGGAAUAACCGUGGUGACAAUCUGCUUAAUGCCCCUAAACACAACAUGGAGGAACUAAGUUUAGUAAGUGGAGUACUCCUUCCAUAAAGGAAAAAAAACAACUUUUUGGUAAUGUUAACAUUUUUUAAAUUAUACCUAAAACAUUAUUUACUGUAACAUUAGCUAUGCUGAGAGAAGCUGAAGGAAUAAUGUUGAUAGAGAAUGCACAUUAUUCAGCAAGACUUAAUGUUGAAAAUUUUCAUUAGUGCAAUUGAUCUGUCAUAGUUUUUACCAUUUAAUAAGUUAGCACAUGCUUAUGUGAUCAGUGAGGUAAUAAUAAUAAUAAUAAUAAAUAUCACUGUCUAAAUUAUAGCAGGAAUUUUAUAGCACCGCAUUAACUCAAUUUUAGUUACAUAUGACAGAAAAAAUUUGUCAUCUUCAAAAAAAAAAAAGAGUACCGAAAAGAUUUUCUUCAGACAUGAAACCAACCUAAAUGAAACUAUAUAAUACAAAAAUACCAGUUCAAUAAAAGUAUAAAAGUAAGAGUGGGGUUGAAGAAAUAUUAUGUGUUUUAAAAAAAAUAAAAAGAAGACUUUACACAGUUUUUCUCUAAAUAAAGAAAUGUGAGCAAGGUAUAAGCUUUAAAAAUUAAAAGUCAAUGGGCAUUUUGCCAGAAGUUUGUUCAUUGGCAACAAAAAAUAUAAAUCGUGAACAAAGAAAAAAAUAAUAAGAGAAUUAUUCAACCUUUAAAUUAUUUUUUUUAAAAGAGGAAAGUUAAUGUUUGCUUGUCUGAAGGUGUCUACCGCUUGCAAUAAAAAUAUUUCACAUAUAUUCUUCUUGUUUUUAAGUUGUCUUUGACUCUGAAACUAAAAGUGACAUCAUUAUAAAAUUUAGAAAAAAACAACAACAAAAAAUACCUUUCUAAAGAUUCACUACUCAAUUUGUUGAUUCCUGUCUAUGGAGGUGAUUGAAGUGUGUCAAUUUGACCAUCACUUUCUGCUAGGUCACCAAAAACCUUUUUGAGUCCCAAAGCCAUGAUGAAGGUCAUAACCUUGGUAGCGGUGCCAUCAGCAGCUCUGUGCAUGAUCUGAGCCCAACACUCUGGCAUGCCCUGGAUGUGUGGCGGUGCACUCACAGCAUCAGUGGAGGACUCAGGGAUGCCCUGAGGGCGUUAGCUCAUUGUGGUGCAGGACUGUCAAGCGAAACCUGGUGAGAGUUUUCUUGUCAAACCUUCAACUAUAUGAUUAAUAACAUUUUAGCUUCAUUAAGAUUUUAAAUAUAGUGCCAAAAGUAUUAAGUGCUCCAUGACAUCCUAAAGGUCAGUGGUCAGCAACAUACUGCUCACUUUGCCUUCAGUCCACCUAAUAUUUACUUCUAAUUAAGGAUUUCAUUAAUGACUAUAUGCCUAUUUAUCUAAGCUACAAAUCUUUAUCUGGCCCCUAUCAGCAUAUUAAAUAACUCUCACAACAUUAUUCAAAAAAGGUGACAAAAUUUUAGAGUUUUGAAAUAUUAAUGCAUUCAAAUGAGAUGAUGGAAAUGUAAAAAUUGAGCUCAGAUAAUGAUGUCAAUUUUUAUAACACAUUAAUCUCAUAUGCAACACAGAUAGAAAUAUUAACAUUUAAGGAUCAAACGCUAACAUUUUUAGCACAUUCAACUCAGAUACUAGCCAUGUCCACAUUUUCAACACAGAUGAUUGAGAUAUAUCCAAAUUAGAUUAUAUAAAAGAAUGCUACACAUGUUUUAACUUAGGAUUGAUGGAAUGGUUGCAAUACAAAUUCUGGGAGAAACAGCAAAGACCAACAUGGGGGCAUUGAAAGUCCUUUACCUACUCACAAAAGGAGUCAAAGAUUCAGAGAGUCUGCUGACCACACCUACAAGUAGCAGAAGUGAGACUUCAGGUAUACACUGUUUGAUUAGAGCUUAAAGAUUUCAUAUACUUAACACUGUACCUUGGUACCUAUUGUAAAUUUGAAAGGAGAUGCACAACCCAGUUACUUAUAUCAGAGGUUUGAUUUUUAUGGUUUAAAAUAAAAAAACACAAAGAUUUCACUCUUAUUACACAGGAUGAAGAUUAGCUGAACUAAAGGAUGAAGAUUAGCUGAACUAAAUCUGCUGAAGCUUCAAUUAAUCCUAACCUUUUCUUAUGAUAUGGGUAAAGGGAAAUAAUUUUACUAUGAAAAAGUUACAUUCAUUAAAUCAUUUGGAAUACAUACAAAUAAUGAGACAGUGUGCUCAGUUGUCUCCUCUUCUCCAUGGACAUUCUACUGGUGACAGGUCUAUCAAACUAUUUUCUUUUAAGAAAAACAGAAAUAAUAUGCUUAUAGAGUGGAUGGCCAUCUUUAUGCUCAGUUUUAUGUGUCACAAAUCACACUGCCACACCAUUUAUGGAUAUUGGCAUUAAUAUCUCAAUAAUUAAUAAUAAUAAUAAAGCUUAUUUAAACAUCACGCUUCAUCCCCAAAGGCUCCAUAUUAAAAAGAAAUGAAAAAUCUAUAUUUUACCACAUUGAAAUACAAAAUGCAACAUUACAAAAACUACAUACUAGAAUACCCAUUCUAAGUCUUUCAUCCCUUGCAACCAUAAACAACACAGGCCACUUUACAUGUAGGAGAUAAUAGUUAGCUGGAAAAGAUGGUAGACAAAAUAUUAAUUACCUCAAGAAAAUUGGUUUAAUUCUUUCAAGCUGCUAACUAUAACUUUUAGACUGAAGUCUUGGAUAUUAUAUGAGAGAAUGUGUAACACAGAGCGCUUUCAUUUCUAAACAAAGGGCUACUUUGAGAUCUUUGAAUGCAUUAGUUUUUUAUUUCUGAUCCUUUGUUGUUUCUUGUUGUGUCCUGUGUGCUGAAGAGGGCAUCUAGUCAAACCAUCCUUAUAAUUGUCCUGUCUUUUCUUUUCAAGCCUACACAUAUCUUGUCCCAUUAUUUAUUUAUAAUCUUGCCAGUUGCUUUUUUUUUUUUUUUUUUUUUAAUCCUGUAACACUUUUCAACUCUAACUAGGAUAAGAAAUAAGCAAAUUAUGCAAGUCAGUAUGGUCAAAAACAUGUCAGUAUUGUCAAAUGCAUGUCAGUAUUGUCAAAUGCAUGUCUGAAGGCUUUUAAACAUUUUUUAAUGAAUGCAAAAUAAUUUUAUUCAUUAGCUGAUGCCAGUUCCUCUGGUGAAGAGCUUGAUACACAAGAAGAGAGUAGCCAAAAAUCUAAUUCCCCACUCAGUGAAUCAGGGACAAGGUCAUCUCUCAGUGAUAUAUUUGAAAGAAGUGAAGAGGGGGAGGUGAUAAGCUUAGAUUCCGGUGGUGUGAGAUACACUGAACUUUCUCAUAAGGUAACAAACAUUUCAAAUGAAUGUUGAAACACUUAAGGCAAACAGCCUUGGUUAACUAACAUCUAAAAAUUUCUUUGGGUCAGGACUGAACAGUGUUGAAAAUUUUCAAUUACGAUAUUAUUUAGUUUGGAAUUUUGUUUCUAGAGGUUGAUAGUGGAUUGUUUUUUGGUUGGUAAUGAUUGUCAGAAUCACACAUAAACUUAGAAUGAAAAUGAUAUCACAGUUAAUUAUUGUGACUAACUUAUUAGAUUAAAAAAAAAAAAUUUUAUUAAUGAAUUUCAAUUUUAAUUUGAGCAGUGUACCCAACAAUAUCUUAUUUGUAAAAAAACAAGAACACACCUAUCUGAAACUUUGAGACUCCGUUAUCAGUAAUUUGAAUCUGUUAUCAGUAAACUAUAUUUUAUGUGCUCCAGACCAGAUCAGAUAAAAGUGGUGUGAAGCAAACUGAUGACACAACAAAUCAAGAGGAUGCUAAAGAAGCAACCUCCAUAAAAGCAUCACUGGAUUCGGGAUCAUCAAAAGGUGAUGAAUGUGACAGAGCUGAAUUAAACUGGCCUAUUUUUGGUAGCAGACUUUUCCCUAAAUUUCAAACACAACAAAAUGAUUUAUUGUAUUUUUUUUUUUAAAUGUUUAAAAUGUAAUGGAUCUGAAAAGAAAUGUUAAGUGAAUUUACAACAUAUUCAAUUAGCAAGUUUGAUUUUUCUGUGCAUUUUUACAGCUGUUCUUGGUUUAAAAUAACUAAAAUUAUGGCGAGAAUUAGACCAUUGUGUUCAUGAAAGUUUGUCACUUAAAUGUAAGGAGCAACUAGAAAUUACUGACCUAAGUGCCAAUGAGAAACUUAGUGUAUAAUCUUAAAACUUUUUGGUAGAAAGAUGCAUGGUAGUUUAUUGAGAUAGUAAUUGUUUUCAUAAUGUUUGGUUGGAUGGAUGAGUGGUGUUGCUUGAAUUUAGUAAAACAUGGGUUACCCAAGGAGAUGUUAUGGUUAUUCAGUAACCCUAGACAGCAAAGUUUUCAACAACCUCCUACAAUAAAUAUAUACAUAAAACGUGUGCUUUUAUUUUAUUGUUUUAUCGAAUUCUUAUAACAGUAUUAACAAUUUACCAGACAAAGACACUACUAAGGGGGAGGCAGAAAACAGAACACAAGAUGAAGCAUACUUAAAUAAUGGAGAGGUAUUUGAAGUGUCUGCAUCAGAAACAGAUUUGUAAUUAGUUCAAGAUAUUUAAACAUAUUAGUGAUUUUUUUUAGCUCCGUAUUUCUUUACUAACACAAAAGUUCUAUAGAAAAUUGAAAUGAAUUUUUAGAUGUUUAGUUAUUCAUAGCAAGUUAAAAUUUGUUGACAUUUAAACUUCAUGAAUUAAAUUAGGAAUUAAAAAAGUCUAAAUAAAAACUGGAGUAACAUUAUAUAUUAUUAUGGCUGAUGACAAAAGCUGUCUGUUUUAUGCCAUCAGCUGAUAGACACCCCAGGCAUUUUGGGAUGGCACUGGGAAGUGGCUCUGACUUACGCUGAAGUUCUGGCAAGCAUUGUGAUCUAUGGAAGCUCAGCUGAGAUUCAGAAACAUGCACUCAUGGGAGAUAAUGACAGUGUUGAAGAGUUGCUGUAUCACUGUCGGACACAGACAGGAUUUAACACAAGCCCUGUUCGCAGUGCUGGGCUGCUGGAUUUGUUAUUCUUCAAUCUGAAAGAGGACAUUAAUGAUGAAGGUUUGUGCCCUGCUGUGGGAUUAUUUUUUUUUUCAUCAUUUUUUUUAGCAAUUGUUUUUAAGUAAUAACAUGACCAACUUUGAAGUUGGCUUUAUUCUUAACAUUUAUGUGCAAAAAUCUGGUAAGAAAUAUGGAUGUGGCAAUAAAGUAACUGGCAUGAGACAACCGGGAUCAAAAACAUGAACUAGGAACAAUCUGAAGCAAUUAAACAAUUUGAUAUUUUAUCAAAUAUCUAAAAAUUAACUAAUAUAAUAGUUUAUAAGCAGUAUAAUGUAAAAGGCAUGAGUAUGACUGAUCCUCAGUAAAAGUAGUCAGCCAUAUUUCACAUAUACAGUAAAAGGAGAGUUAAGUGUACCUGUCGCUAACCACCAAGUCAUUUUUUUGUAUGUAUUAGUUUAUGUAAAGAUAAGAUGUUUUUAAAUAAAUUACUGUAACAUUAAUUUAUGUCAGAGAGGCACCUUUGUUAUUUUUGUGUGAAUUUUUCGGUUAUGGCAACGGGCCUAACGGGCCUUACAUAACAAUUUAUCAUUGCCAUACACUUGACUUAGGAAAUGACUGGAGUUGGAAAGUUCGAUUUGGAGCUGUCCAGGCCCUGGUGAAUAUGUGUCGCAGCUUAGAAGGGGACAUACUGAGGGAAGGCCUGCGCACAACAGCCUGGCACUUCUUACUUAAAGCCAAUGCCAUGGAGAAAGAUUUGAGAGUGAUAGAAGCCUUGAAAGUGGGACAGGUAUUUGAGAUUUUACAAAACAAUGAAAAUGUGUCAGGCAUUUAGAGCGUUUAAAUAUUUCCAAGCUAAUUCAAACUUAUACAAUCUAACUUAAACUUAUGUAAACCUACACAAUCUAAUUUAAACUUAUUAGGUCUAUACAAUCUAAUUUAAACCACUCCGAAUGUCUAAAAUGUGAUUGAAACCUCUUCAAACUAUUCCAAAACUACCAUGUGAACAAAAACUUCACCAAUCUAACCCAAAACUUUCCAACCCUCUUGAGCUGUAAAAGUAAAACCCCUUUUUAACCAAUUCUGAUUACAUUUUACAGUUAUAUUUUCAUGAUUUAUUUAAAAAAUUGCAACAAGCUGAUAUUAGUAAUGCUAGCCUACAACAAAUUUUUUGCAGAGAUUUGAUUUUUUAAUACCAUGCCAAGUUGGCUAUUGUCUACCAACUCGGGUUGUUGAUUUUUUUUGUAGUCAUAGUUUAACAACGCUCAAGAUGACUGGCAAUUUUAUUCCACUUAUACCUGGGGUCAACCUUUUACAAAACCGUUACAGUUUAACUUAAAAAAUAUUUUUAAACAAUUUGAUAUUGCAUGACCUCAGCAAAAUGUUAGUUGCCUUCUAUAUUAUUAUUUAUUUUGGUAGCAUUUAGCUUAAACUUGAUGUUCUGAGAGAAAUAUUCAACCUAUUUGAUAACUUAACUUAUCUUCACUACCCCCACAAAAUAAACAAAAAAAGAAAAAUAUUUAAAUACCGGUGAUUAAUAAUUUUGUUAAUGAAUAAAUACAUUUUUUUUAAAAGCUGAAAUUUAAUGAUAACUUUCAAAGAUCAAAAUUCAAACUAGCUGUAAAGAUCUUAAAUGAUUUCCUUUCAUCUACGUCGUUACUCAACAGUCUUUAAGAUCAGCAGUCUCCACAAUGGGAAUAUAAAACAAAAUCAGCCACCAUUUAUUACAUUUCAAACUUAGAACAUUUAUUUCUUGAGUGAGAGGUGUGUGGGUGUUGUUAGUUGUUUUAUAGAAGUAAAAUGGCUGCACCACUGAGGACCUUUGCAAAGUAAAUAAAAUUGUUCCCCCUUGUAUAUAUUAUCGCCUGCAGGUACAUGCAGACACAAGUUCAUUCCUCGACGCUGGCGUCAGGGAGCAUCCUCCCUCCAUAGGGGGCCGCAUUGCAUCUGGCUUGUCUGUCAUCUACUUGCCACCCAUUCCUCCCCCCACUACAGCAUCUCCCAUUAAGAAAACUACUUACCAUCCUCAAGUGGCUCAACAACUGCCAUUUAAGAACAGUUUAGAGGAGACCAGGCCCAUGAGAACUUCUUUGAAGUAAGUACAAGUCUUUUCUUUUCUGGCAAUAUGCCAUGCAUGCUCUUGCCAUAUUUUGUUCAGAUUUACAAAUAAAAUCUCCACACCUUUUAAUCGGGGCUGAAAUUUUAAACCAGAUUUUGUCGAAAUAAACUUAUUUCUAAUACCACAGAGAUGGAGUUUGUUGUGACUUUCUUUCUAGAACCAAAUCGGCAUAAACCUUAAUGCUACUAUUUAACUGAGUAUUUAUUAUUUAAAAAAUUACAAAUGGAGAAAUAAUUUAAAUAUGAAAAUCAUUGUGUGUAAUGAUAUGGAACAUUUGAUUAUUUUUUUAAUUGAUUACCAUUAUUGAAUUCUGUAAAAUGCUGUAAAUCCUAACCUUUGAUAAUAAAUUUUUUAAAAUGUCUUUUCCUCAGACAAGAAAUUGAUCUGGCCACAGCUUUAUAUGAAAAAGCUCCUGAUUACAACACCAGGAAAAGUUUUGAUCUACGGAGAAUCGUAGAGGAUCAGGUACGGUAAAAGCAAAGAAAAUAGACAUGGAAAAGGAGAAUAACUAGUUUUGGCUUUUAUCUUGGUUGUUGAAUGCUUAUUUUAUUCUUAUGAAUGUUGUUUUAUUUUAAAUAACUCUGUAUUGUAUACCUGACUUGUUCUAAGUGUAAUAUGGGGAGGAGUUAGUUUCACUUCAUUACACUUCUUCUAACUUACAUGUUCAUUUCUCAGAUUUGACAUGAAGUGGAAAAUAUUAUUAAAAUAUGUAUUAUUAGUUAAUAAUAUAAUAUAAAUUCAUAUAAUAUAAAUUCAAUAAAAAAAAGUGUCCUAAAUUUUCAGUGGAGAAAAGAACUCCAGUCAAAUCUAAAACUGGGUGAGGAGGAUGAAAUGAAAGAAGUUAUGGAAAAACAGAAGAAUGAAGAGGAGCGUCAGAGGCAAGUUGCAGAAGUGAAACUGAACAAACUGAGUAAAAAAAGGAGUUCUUGAAAGUUUUAUAAACCAAGAGCUGAAAAUGGGUAUUGGAAAUGCCCAUGCACUAAUUCUUGUAUGAAAUAUAGUUCAUGUUACAAUGUUGUAUACUACUAUGCAUGUCCUGGUUACAAUGUUUUUCAAAUCAUCUGACAGUGAACAGCAAAAAAAAAAACAGCCUUCAUGGUCAUUUUUUAAAUGGAGGUGUUAUUUUUUUAUUUAAAGUCCUAGAUCAUUUACUAUUUACAGCUUUAACCUGUUGUUUUCAAAUACAAUUUAAUUUUUCUUUAAGACAUAAUUUUGUGUGUGGCUAAAUCUAAAACAAUUUUAAAAGGUCUUUAUGUAGUCAAGCCAUUGCAAGAUGGACACACCCAGUGAUGGCAAGCUCAACCCACUCUGUGAAAUGCAAGUUGGAAAUAAAGAAAGAAGUUUGAUUGUUCUAGAAUGAAGGCAGUUACCAACACAUUUCAAAAAUAACAAAAUAAAUCAAAUUCUAUCAGGAAAAUGUAUCCAUGAUAAAAUGUGAGACUGUUUCAAUGAGAACAUGAAAGAUGAUCUCAUUUGAUAUUAAUUUAGUCAUUGAACAGAUACAGAUGAUGGAAAUCAAAGAUACAAAUCAAAGAUAAACCGAGACCACCAAAAUAAAGAUAUUAAAACAACUUUAGGGGAUGUUUUAUUGUUUUAUUUUUGAUGAAUAUAAAAUUCACCCUUAAAACAUUCUCAUAUAAAAUAAUCAACAUACAAAAAAACUAUCCUCUAUGACACACCCGGAGAGCAUGAUUUCAGUACAGUACCAGGAUGCCACUUGUAAUGCCCCGUGUGCAUUUGUUUCUCAUGUGUUUGUUAUAGUUAUAUGGCUUUUUGUUAAGCUUAACAAAAUUAGGAAAUAAAACAUUUUACACAAAAAUUAUUCGCGUGGUCAACAAGUCAUUAAAUUGUUUCAUGGUUCACAAAAUAAUAUAAUUGUGUUUUGCUCAAAUGUAAAAAGUUUUUUUUUUAAAGACUCCAAAUUGUAGAGCGGCUUUCCAAUAUACCUUUAUGAAUGUUGAAAUGGUGAUUGUUAAUGUUGAAAUGAUAUUUCUGAAUGUUGAUAUGGUAACUAUGAAUGUUGAAAUGGUAUUUAUGAAUUUUAACAUUAAUGACAUGAUAUUUGUUCAAAUGGUAUCUUGUGAAUGUUCAAAUGGUAUUUAUGAAUGUUCAAAUGGUAUUUAUGAAAGUUGAGAUUAAUUGCAUGAAAUCUACGAAUGUUGAAAUAUUUUUAGAAAAAUGUACUUAAACAAAAAUUGCACUCCGCUAGACAAAAGCAAAACUAAUACAAAGAAGUUUAAAGAAACAAUAAUUUCAGGGCACAGCUUGGGCAAAACAAUAAACAAUUUUGCUCUUUCUUGUCGUGCUGGUAUUUAAAAUUCUAUUUUAGGCAAGUUACAAUUUAUAAGUGCUGCAGAGUACAGCCUUCAACACAUUUGCUUUACUUUAUUUUGGGUAGUUGGUUAUUGUAAAAGAAUCCACAAGGGACAUUACUCAAUCUUAAUUUAAAAAUUCAAUAUCCUGUGUUGAAAAGUCAAACUCUUUCCAUGUAAGACACAAAUCACACAAGGCUUUGAAACUCUUCAACAGCGCUGGUACAAAAUUGGCAUUAACUACCAAUACAAUUAUUUGACAAUCCCUUUUCUGUCAAUCCACUGCAGAACAAUGGAAAUUGAGUUUUUUUUGCAAUCGCUAACUAACCACUAUUGUUUAGAUUUCAUCUUCAACAUGAAAGACUGAGAUUUGGGAUACAGAUACAAAUUUGCAGUUCAACCCUUUUAAUAAUUAGUUAAUUGUUUUCACCUUAACAAAGUGAUGACAUCGUUUAGGACCCUUUUUAUUAACAUAUUGAGUAAAGAAAGGAUUAUGUUGUUGCAAUUUACACAAGUGAGAACGACUUAUCCAAAAUGACCUCCAAAAGAUAAUAUAAUUAAACAAGGUGGCCUUAUAACAGUUGAUAACAGGCCUGCACAACUCAAAUUGUAAGGCGGGCCGUAAUACUUUAUGAAAACUUGUGCUGGCCAAAAUAUAAUAGGACAGGGAGGGAAAGCUAUUAAGAGAAUAAUAAUAAUAAUAAUAAAGAAUAUUUCGUUACUUCGCGGCAGAAAAGUGGGUGCUGGCGUGCCGCAUGCGGCCCAUAUGUUGUGCAGGCCUUCCUUAUAGGAAAUAGGUAGGACUUUGAAGUACUUUAUCUUGUCAGGCAUCAAAAACUAAACAAUAUAACUUUAGUGCAGUGAAUAAAAAAUAUCAUUCAAGGGUCCCUUUAGAUGAGACAUGGGCAUUUUCAUAACACACACAGGAGCAAAAUUGCUUUUCUUAAAAAGGAAAAUGUGAUUGUUGAGGUUGAGUUUUACUUGUAAAACUUGGAAUUGAUUGGACAUCACUCAGUCACUCAUCAAAUGUAUUUUAAUUUUAAACAGAGAUGCUUCAAGUUUUUGUAUGACAUCAAAAUAUUUCCGGCAUUUUUUCUGUCUGUGACUGACAUUGGUAAAAUGUAAUUAUAUUUUGAAAUUAAACCAUAUCUAUAAAUACAUUUGACAUGCAAGCUUCCCUGUUACUGUACAUAAAUAUUUCAUGUGUUUCUGUUUUAUUCCUGAUUAUUUUUGACCUCAUAUUUUGUAGAAUGCCAAGUUUCACAGUGAACACAGAUGAAGGCAAAGUCCAAAUUUUUAUCAAUUUAAACACCCCCUCCCCUUUUUUUUUUCAAACCCACAUAUGUUGAAGUAAAAAGAAUUGACUUUUAAAAAGGUAAAAUUAUAAGGAGGACUCCGUACAAAUAGCUCAAGGUUAAAAUUAUUUUGAAUCAUCUGUGUUUUGACUGGUCUCUGUUGGUCUGUCUUCUUCCUUCUUCUCACUGUGUUCUCUGCUUGUGCUUCUAUUCCUUCCAUGCGAUCCACUCUCUUGGUCCUUCCCCUUACUUCUGCUUCUCCUGCUCCUGUCUUUGGUCCUAUCACCAUGUUUAGCUCUGGUUUUAGAUCUGUCCUUACUUCUGCUGUCACUUCGACUUCUGUCCCUACUUCUGCCUCUGGUCCUUUCUUCACUUCUUCCUCGACUUCUGCCCCUGCUCUUGUCUUUACUUCUACUUCUGCUUUUACUCCUGCUCCUGUCUUCAUCCCUACUCCUAUCCCUGCUCCUGUCCUUACUUCUGCUCCUAUCCCUGCUCCUAUCUUCAUCCCUACUCCUGUCUUUAUCUUUGCUCCUAUCUUCAUCCCUACUCCUAUCCCUGCUCCUCUCCUUACUUCUGCUCCUAUCCCUGCUCCUGUGCCUGCUCCUCUCCCUACUGCUACUUCUGUGCCGGCUACUUCUACUACCACUCCGACUGUUACUUCUGCUGCGGCUACUCUUAUCACCACUCCUGCUCCUAUGUCUGCUCCUGCUCCGUCUGCUUCUGCUCUUAUCCUGACUCCUAUGUCCAUGCCUAUCUCUUCUAUGCUUCCUGUUUCUUCUAGCGUCAAUGUCGCCCUCAUGACCAUCCCCGUGGAAAAUCGGCAGCACUGGAGGUGCCACCUGCAGUGGUUGUGCGUACCUCCCCGACAUGUCUCUCAUUUGGUUCCCCAUGCCUAGAAACUGGUUGUAUUUUCGGAGGUAGCUCUUGUUGAAAACAUGGAGUCCACCACGGAAGCCAGGUGGAGGAGGGGGAGGCAUUCGCAUACCUCUCAUGCCCCUGGGGCCACCCCGCAUAGGCAUCGGGGGCAUGCCGCGAGGACCCCGGCCCCUCAUGGGGAAAGGUGGACGGAAAUGCAUGGGAAAAGGUGGAGGGAACAUCAUCGGAUGAGGCGGUGGGCCUGGUGGUAGAGGCAUCAUGCCGCCCCCUGGACCCAUUGGAGGCAUUGGCCCCCCACGACGGGAGCGAGAUGACUCAUGAUCUACCUCU